CGGCUCAGUACUAUACAGCCACUAUAAUCCACAACGAGCAACGUCAGUACAUCGUGUGCAAUUGAACGUGUUCUUAGUUGUUGUUUUUUUAUAAUAUAUUUUUCGCAAUUUAAAAAAGAUUCGUCGCGUGUGUAAUUAAAAUAAAUUCUUUUUCUGGUGCGCUUCUUGCUUUUUGGGCAAUAAAAAUAUAGAGACGCGUUAAUUCGUCGACAGGUGUAAUAGAAUUUGCAGUGAUUUCGGUUUCAGAUAACACCUUUCGAUUGGGUACUUCUAAUUGACUGUGUGUGUGCUUACAGACAGAUAGAAAUAUUGUUGGAUAUUUUCAUCGAAAGUUGUAAAAUAAAACAAGUGUUACUGAAAUUGGACAACGACAAAUGUGCUGAGAGAAGACAUUUGUAAAUUAAUAAAAUUCAUCAUCUUUUUAGACGUCGUCAAACCAAUUGAACAUGUCAGCGAAAAGUGCUCAACAAAUUGUAAGUAAUGCUACAGAAUCAUUACACAGCACAUCGUCACUUAACACAAAGCUAAUAUUAACCGAUGCUGACAAUCCAUUAAUUCCAACUGAUUUGAGCGAUUCAAUAACACUAAAUAACAGCGAAAAUGAUGACGAAUUCAUAAACACUCAAAAUCUAACCUUGUUUACGGAUCAAGAGCUCCAAUCGUUUGAUACUCUUUUGAACACAGACAAAGAUUCACGGGAUCCCGUUGUUAGUCCAUCACCCGAUAAUGACAUUACUGAUUCGGUCGACCAUCAUGAUGCACGGAAUGGCGACACUCAUGAUAAAAGUAUUGAGUACAUCGACGGUGCAUUAGAUGUCGAUCAAUCGAAUGGCAUCACCCAUGACGAUUGUUUGGAUCAGAAUGGUACCGCUGAUUCGUCGAAUCAUGUCGGCAAGAAAUCGUCAAAGCCUACAUCAUUGCGACUUGUUAUCACCGACACUGAUGAUGGAACCGAUCCACCCAUAGUGAAUAAAACGAAAAAGUUUUAUGAAACGGAUGACGCAUUUAUUUCGGCAAUAUUUUCACAAACCAUUACAUCAACCACAGCGACUCCAACGGAUGAUGAUCUUUCCUACUCGUUUGACCCUCCAUUUACAGAAUCGGUAGCUAUUAAUGGCGCGAAUGAGGUGGAGAAAACGGGUGUUGGGGGCGAUCAGUGGAUGACUGUUGAUGACACUGUAAAUGCGGACCAUUCGAUGAAUGAAUCUCACACCGAAAAUUUGGACAAUUACAACGAGGGUUUGGUAUCAUUGACACACACUGUUUGUUUAGAUGGUGAUGAUUUCGAUCGAUAUGACGAAGAAGACGAUGUUGACUCCUCCAAAGCUCACCAUUACGAAAAUGUAGAACAAACCAACGCUGAUAAACGUUCGAAUGACGAUGAUGAGGACGAUGGAAUUUACGAAAAUGUUUUGAUGCUCAGAGGAGCAUACAAACAAAGACCUAGCAUCGUUGUUGACUGUUACACUGAUGAUGCCGGCUCGGCAGAACAUUUUAAUGUUGAACCAGCUGUAACAGACGAUGCAUAUAAUGUUGUUGUUGCGUCGUAUUUUGAUCAAACCAUUGAAGAUGAGGACGACAUUGAUAUCUAUAAUGACUACGGAAAAAAUGAAUGCGAGAAUGGUAGUGUUAAGUUGGGUGAUGCCGGUGAUGGAGAGACAUCAAGUUCAGAAGAAGACGAUAACAGCGAUAGUGUAGAUGAAGAUGAUGAUAUUAAGGAAAGUUGUAGUAAUGUUGAAGUACACAAAGCCAUCGAGCGUUUUGAAUCGGAAACGUCGACAAUGGUAACAACAAAGAAAACAAUCAAACAAUCUUCGGUGACAUCGUCAUCAACAACAGCUACCACAGCAUCGGCAACGGUCACCGCUGGUGUCGAAGAAGUCGAGGCGAUCACAGCGAAAAAAUCAGAAAAAGCAACGAAAAAGAAAUCAGAAGCUACCGGUGAAAAGAAGAAAAAGUCUAAAAAGUCCAAGAAGUCGGAUCCGGAGAAAGAAAAUAUAUCUGUGAGUGCCUUAUCACCAACGUAUCGAUAUGAUACAUUGCAAAGUUGGAAUUCUAACAAUGCUUGUUGCGAUAAGAACGACUGCAAUCACAACGCUACCAGUGUUACUAAUCAAACGAAAAAGUCGCCCCGCAAUCGAUGGACUACAAACAAUACCUCUUCAUCUGAUAUACCACCGGCAACGAAUAAUAUCGGUCAAUUCCUAUCGAACCAGAAAACUAAUUCGAUUGUGCUCAACAAUCCGUUUAUUGUGAACGCCGUUUUGAAUGGUGACCGAAUUUGUGGACGACGAUGUCAAAUGUCGCUCCGAAACAGUGAUAAAUUGACCGACCAAUGCUGCGACAUGUCGAACAAACAAGUAGUUAAACAAGAAGACGACUCUACCUGUGAUGGUAAUCGGAGUGAAAAAGGUGACGAGAAAAUAGUGCGUCGAUCUUCUGUUGAUAAAUUUGUCGAAGAAACAUUGUCGAAGAAGAUUAUCCCGUCGAAUGUGGUAUUGCAUGAAGAUGAUCUAUCGAGCGUUGAUGUGAAAAAUCUGAAAAAAAUUUAUCUUAUGGAACAACCUCCACACCAACACGUACACCGCGAACGAUGCAAAGAAAAUCGUGUAAUCGUUAAGGAUGUCUCUGUCAAACAUUUGUGUCGAAGUUUCGGUGAUCUAACAACAUUGAAUGAUGACGAACAAUUUUGUAGUAAUUUAUUUUCUCCCAUACACCGCGCUAAAUCAGUAGGUGAUUUGAGAAAGCUUGAACAAUUGCCUAUUCAAACAGGUGUAUCGGUCAGAGCUUUGAGAGAUAGUUACUGCAGUCUAGUCGCAUUGGGCGAUGGGUGUCUGCAACGGCACACCAAAGCUAAACAAGUAAAAUUUGGCGUUAUUCAGUAUGAUAUGAAAUCAAGUUUCAGUAAAUUUGACGCAUUACAAAAGAAAAAUAUUCUCCACGUUCGAUCCAGUGAUGCUGGAAAAGCACAAGAAAAAUUCAAUGGCGUUGCAGCUGAAGCGGAGAAAAAUUGCCGAGCAUGUGGAAAGGCUGUCUACAAAAUGGAAGAAAUGAAAGCUGAACGGAAUAUCUGGCAUAAGAAUUGCUUCAAGUGCAGCGAAUGCAAUAAACAAUUGAAUGUGGACACAUAUGAAAGCCAUGAGAGUAUUUUGUAUUGCAAGCCACAUUUUAAAGCUCUAUUUACACCGAAAGCUGUAGAGGAUAGUGAACCAGCGCCUCCACGACGACCAGAAUUAAUAAUUCGUGAAAAUCAACCCAUCGAAUUGCCACCGGACGUAGUCAGGUCUAGUGAUAAAACAGAUCUUGGUCUGGAAGAAUUGCAUCAAUUGAAUGUUAAGUCGCGAUAUGAAAUUUUCGAAAAUGCUGGUCAAAUGGAACAGGAGACUGUACAGCUAGAUCGCUCGCCUAGUGGUGUUAAAAGAAGUGCCACAAUUUUGUCCAAAUUGGCUAGAUUUCAAUCCAAAGGUAUGGAUGUUGGCCUGACUGAUGAGUCUCUAAAUGGGGUAACAUUGGAAGAUUCGUCUGAGGACGAACUAAAUGGAGAUGAUGAAAAUGGUGAAGAUAUAGAAUUGAUUCGCGCAAAGCGUGCCCAACGCGAACGACCGUUAAGCUUUGCGAACAUGAGCGAUAUUAAAAGCAAAUUUGAAACGGGUCAUUCUAUGAGUAAAGAGGAACGACGCGAAGAACGCAAACAGGAAAUACAAAAUAUUCGUUCGAGACUUUUUAUGGGCAAACAAGCAAAGAUAAAGGAAAUGUAUCAACAGGCUGUGCUAGAUUCUGAACAAGGUGUUCGUUCUGUGGAUAAGAAACAUGAUGUGGACAUUGGUGAUAAAGCCAAGUCUAUCAAAGAUCGUUUUGAAAAGGGAGAAAUAUUCAAUGAGGAGAAUGAGGGAAAUCAUCAUAAACAUCAGGAUGAGGAUAUGGCUGUAUUUGAACAAGGAAUUGGCAAAAAAUCCCGUUCGAUGUUCAUGGAAAUGGAUGCCAACGCUGCUAAGUCACCGUCAGUUGUAUCUGCUCCGCAAACACCUGAUAUAAAGAAGAACUCCAGCCCCAUUUGGCCGCCACCAAUUAAAACAAAGCCCUUCGAGGAUGUCGUAAAAUGUGACGAUAAGGUUGACGACAUCAAAAUCGAAACUGCUGACAUUUCAAACAAAUUCAAAUUUUUCGAGACAUACAAACCGAGUGCCGCGGAAAAGAAACAGUUUCGCAUCACUCCACCCCGUGAAGGUGUUGUAAAACAGCCAUCACCAGAGCGACAAGACGUUUAUAUUGAUCCGGAUGUGGUUCGAUCAGGUGAAUUAAUUGAGGACUCAACCAUUGCUGAGAAUAGUCAGACGACUACAAAAAUGUUAUCGAUGUUCCGACAAAUGGAGGAAAAGAAACACGAAAACCAGAAUUCUAACGGUCUUAAACCGUUGAAACGCUUCACACCACCACCUGAUGACAAUCGACGUAUUCGCACCCGCAAUAGCGAAUCCGAAAAUGAUUGUACCGAUUCCGAAGACGACGAGGACGAUGAUGAUGGCGAAGAGGAAAGUGAAAGUGAUCCACAGCCGCCAUCGAAUCAGGACUACGUUCGGUCAUCGGACAAGAAUGUGGAUGAGUUUCUGCAACAAGCUCAGUCUGCUGCACGUGCCAAACAAUUAAGAGCCAAAUUUGAACGAUGGGAAUCGAAGGAAAUCGCUCGAGAACAGAACAACAGUUCGGUCGCGUUGUACGACGGAAAUGAACAGAGUCAAGUUGAAACAGCUAAAGAGAUCAGAGCCAAAUUCGAAAAUAUGCGAGACACUAGUCAUGCUGAACCACGUGAAAGGAUUAAAGUCAAUCGAUUUGUGAAUGAGGCCGAUGAAUGAAGAACUGACGGCACAUACUUUGACGUACUUUACCGGAUAAACAAACAUUUAAUUAAUCUAACCUCAAGAUAAAAUUAUAAACCUACAUCUAUCUCCCCAUUCUAAAUUUAUAGUAAUAAUAUUUGGAUCAUUUACACCGAUUUGUCAAAAGAAAAUAUUGAGAAUCUAUCAAUACAAAAUGUAAUAUCGAUAAUGAAAAGUAAAAGUAAAAAAAGCAACAUUUUUUAAACAAAAAAAAAACUAUUAAUAAAAAAUCGGAUUUAAUGAUAUUCUGGUUGAGAACCAUUAAAACAUUUUCUUUUUGUUAAUUUAUUUUGUGAGUGAGUAUACAUGUUGGUAAAUUUUUUAUAUUUAAAAAAGAAAAAAACAAUAAAUUUUAAUUCAUAAAUUGAUUACGGUUCAACCGAAGAAAGCUUUAAGUUUUAUUUUACAUCUAAAUUAAAAUUGGCUUUCCCUUGGCCAUUUAGAUCUAUUUUCACAUCUGUUGUAUUUAUUUGUGUUACAUGCGACAAAAGAAACUCGUUUUUGUCGUGUUAAAAGCAUUUCUUUAGACGCACCCAGCAUGUAAAAUGCAUCUCAUAACUCAGGAUAAAAAUGAAAAGCCAGGUGUGCUUUUAUUGAUCUCAGCAUCGCCUCGGAUCAACAAAAUUCACUUCGAAAACAUCACUUUUCGACUUAUCAUCCGUAGUUAUGUAAAUAAUCAAUUUAAUUGACAUGGUUUUUAAUCUGUUAAUGUGAAGGUGCCAACAAUAUGAUCUGAUUAACGCGUGAGAUACAGCUAUUCAUCUGUUAAUGAAGACGGUAUGACCUUGGACUUGAGUACUGGUCAGUUACAAAAUAUAUGAUUAAAUCAAGUGAUAGAUUUAUACCAAACACUACACACAAAAUUGUUUAUACAAUAGAUGCGUCAGAUUUAAAUGAUUCUGGUGUGAUAGGCUUGCCUUUUGUAUAAGAUUCAACUUAAAAAACGGCAAUCGUAUCGCAACGUUACCUAAAUCUGAUACUAAUUUUGUUUUGGGGCAUCGCUUAGUGUUUGAUAUGAAAUCUUGUACUUCGUCUGUUUUACUGUAUAAAAGAACAUGAGCUAGAUCUUAUCAUCGAUAUCGAUAACAGAUGACUGGCCUUUUAUAAGUAGUUAAUAAGACAAUGCGUAUUUUUCUGAUUGUUUUGACAACAGAAGAAAAAUGAAAAGUUUCUUGUUUAUACCCAAUUUUAGCCAGAAUUUUUUUUCUCAAAUUUAUUCUCCAAGAGAAGAUUUGAUGUUAAAUUAAUAAAAAAAAAAUCGACAGUUUUUCCUUUCUAUUAGCAAAACUUAUGAAAGUAAAUUAAGACUAGUUAAAACACAACCCAUUGGACAAUAUUUGCACGAACAACUGUCAAGUCAAUAGUCUGACGAUCACACCGAUAAUAAAAAGUCGUUCUGUGAUUGUUCCAAAUCCAAUCAAAAUAUCAACAUGCCUUCCUUUUGGAAUUGUUUUGAAUUAAAAUUAUACAUUUUUACGACGAAGAUUUUUUUUUAGAAAAUUUAGGAUACCAUGCACAGAUAGUGUAGUGAAACCGUUUUGCUGGUGGUUACCCGUUAAUUGUUAUCCUUUUGAUUUUUGACUGCUCUCUCCAUUGUUUAUACAAAAAGUAUGGAACUUUGUAUCGAAAGUGAGAUCCUUUUAGAAUUACCCUAAAAAUAAAAAAUAAAAUUGUCCAAUCCCAAUAUAGGUGGAAUAUUUGAUUUCCCAUUAAUACAAAAUUCUUAUGAAUCUUAUAUCUAAUCUUAUGUAGCAUCAACACCAGUCAGUAAUUAAUAAUUUGACCUAUAGCACAUUACUUUGUAGUGUCGACUUUACACUUAUUUUACCCGACGUUGUCGUAAGUAGUAAAAUAAUAAGAAAAAUUGAUAUUUAAACGUCUACACAUAAUGUCCAGAGAAGAGAUCCUGUAACAUCUCUGUUAUGUAUUCUUCUUAUUAUGCAUGUUCCAUUUUGUCAAAGAUAUAAAAUCCUAGAAUAAUAAUUGUUACAGUGAGAAAUGUGUUUAAUUUUAUCAGAUCAGUCGAUAAGCGAUUGUCACUGGAUUAAUAAAAGUAAAAAAUUAAUUGGAUUUUUAUGUCUAUAAGAAGUCUUAUGUAAUAUUGUAAUUCUUAUUAAUUAUGAUAUGCUGUUUUAGAUAUAAAUAUAUUUCUCUAUAAUCAAAAGCGUGGAGAUGUCCUCUCUUCUAGACAAAAUGAAAUUUCUUUUUUGCUGUUGUCAGACAACAGUUGUGUUGUUUCUUAUAGUGUACAUGUGUAAAGGAAAAAAAAGGUAAUUAGUUUGGUGCCGCUAUAUGUUUCUGAUUUGUGGUAUAGAUAAGGACUUGUGUGUGCUCUAAUACCUCCCAAUGUUCUUCACCAAUCUUCUCAUGUUAUACAAAAAUGAUAAUUAUUUUUACAAUGGAAAUUUUAUGGUCACUCAAUUUCAUCUCUAUGAAUUUAUGAAUUGGUGACGCUGUUUACUCAAUGAAUCAAAAUUUUGAAUUUUGUUUUUAAGAUCUAUUACACUCACUUUUUGUAAGCAAUUUUCGAGGAUAAAAUAAAAGUAAAAUACAAUCAUAGAUGUUACACACACACAUUGUAGUCAAUUUAUUAAAAAAAUAAUAUUUUUUCAAACAUGAAUUCAAUCUGUAAUUGAGAUUUUUCGUUUUAAAAUAUUUCUUGACUAUUUAAAAGUGCUGAUCUAACAUCAGACUACUUGAAACAAAAAACCAUGAAUUUAAAUACAAUAUUUUACAAAAAA